AUGGAAAGUCGUCACAAAAAAUACGGCUUAGAUGCAUUAUUAACAAGAAACUUAAACCAAGACCCAGUUGAGAAUUUCUUCGGGAACAUUAGGAGUUACGGAAACGCUGAAAAGCCACUAUCUGAUGAACCAGAAACAGAAAUUCCAUGCCACAGUGAAAUUCUGAUGCAAAAUUUAGAAACUGUAGAUGCUGGACAGCGAAAUUAUGUUUGUGGCUGGGUGCUGACAAAACUAUUAAAAAAAAGUCGUGAAGCGUUGUUUAGAAUGCAGAAAAGCCCUAAUUGA